ACAUACACAUGACACCACCUAAUCCUUUCUUCCUCCAUACACCAGACUCUUCCGCCUUCAUAUCAUAUACAUACAAAUAUAGGAGAUAAGAGAUACAGAGCCAAAAGCAGAAGCCUACCUGAUGAUGAUACAUAUGUGAAAAAAUGGAGGGUAAUGGAAAAUCAUUGGAGAGAGUGGUGUCAUUGAAGGCUCUACAAUUGGGAAAUUCAUUUUCAUGCAAAAUAUGUGUGAUUGGAUUUCUAUGUGGAGUAUGUCUAACUUCUCUCUUUCUUGCUGCCCUCACUUCAUUUGCUUCUUUUCAGUUUUCCCCUAAUUCCACUUCCACUUCUUAUUUUAUCAAUGCAUUUACGGGCCGAGAAUGUGAUUCUAAACCUCAAGCAGUAGAAAGAAUGGUGAUAUCACAAAACUUGAUGGAGGUCCAAGUUAACAACCCGGUUAACUCAAUCUACUCAGCUUGGAGCACAAUGCUAAACAAGUCAAACACCGGCGAAGAAAUGUUUUCACAAAGUACAUUAACCGACGGUUCUAAGGUGCCUAGACCUCCUCAUUUGGAUAACUGUAAGUUGACGAGAGAAGCCAAUCAAAUUCUCGAUAAACGUACUGAAGACGGGAAAUUACCACCAUGGACAAUGUGGAAAGGUUUCUUGAAUAACUACCCUUUAUCGAAAAAAGAUGAGAAGCAAGGGUAUAAUGGUCAUCAAGCCAUCUCCAAAGGUGCUUACCCUCCUUGGAUUAAAGGGUCGGACGAAGAAAACUAUCCACUAACAAGGGAAGCGCAACGUGAUAUAUGGGUGCACCAGCAUCCUGUGAACUGUAGAGACCCGAAUGUCAAGUUUCUUGUUACAGAUUGGGAAACGAUACCCGGGUUUGGUAUGGGGGCCCAGUUUGCAGGGAUGUCUGGGCUUCUGGCAAUCGCCAUUAACGAAAAUAGAGUGCUUGUCACAAAUUACUAUAAUCGAGCCGACCAUGAUGGUUGUAAAGGUGCAUCGAGGUCUAGUUGGUCGUGCUAUUUUUUUCCUGAGACAUCACGAGAGUGUAGGGAACGAGCGUUUGAACUCCUGAACGAAAAAGGAGCAUUGGCUAGCGGAGUUAUUAGAGUAAAAGAAAACUACACAACCAAGCAUAUAUGGACUGGCCCAGUCCCACGAGUAUGGGGUAGUCCUUGGAGUUACAUGCAGCCAACAACAGAAGUAAACGGUACUUUAAUCGGCUAUCAUCGGAGAAUGGACUGGAGAUGGUGGCGAGCACAGGCUUUGCGCUAUCUUAUGAGGUUCCAAACAGAGUACACAUGUGGUUUACUAAAUGUAGCUCGACACUCGGCAUUUGGAUGGGAAGCUGCCGAGUUAGCUCACUCAAUGCGUAUUUCAGAAUAUUUCGAGGAAAACAUGAUAGAUUCUAGAUCCGCGAUCGAAGAGUACGUGUGGUCAAAUCACGAGCCAUGGACGCCAAGGCCGUUGCUAAGUGUGCACGUAAGGAUGGGAGACAAAGCAUGUGAAAUGAAGGUGGUUCAGUUUGAAGAAUACAUGCGUCUCGCCAACCGGAUUAGAAACCGUUUCCCUUAUCUGAAUCGAAUCUGGCUCUCAACCGAGAUGCAAGAAGUUAUCGAUAAAACAAAGUUAUAUACAAACUGGAACUUUUACUACUCAAACGUGAGACGACAAGUGGGAAACCUAACUAUGGCAGUCUAUGAAGCAAGCCUGGGUAGAGAAACAAGCACCAAUUAUCCGCUCGUAAACUUCUUGAUGGCUACCGAAGCUGACUUCUUCAUCGGAGCCUUGGGUUCUACUUGGUGUUAUCUCAUAGAUGGAAUGAGAAAUACCGGCGGAAAGGUGAUGGCAGGGUACUUGAGCGUUAACAAGGAUCGGUUUUGGUAAAUAUUGGGUCAAUUUAGCCAUUUGGGUUUGGUUGAUGAAACCGACCGGUGUGGAAUAUGGCUCAGGUUAAGCGUUAGCUUAGGCUCGGGAUGUGUAUAAAACAUCGAUGUAUAAUUAGGCUUCUAUUUGCAAGUAAAACAGAAGAAUUGUUUGAAAUUGAAAGGCAAUAAUAAUAUAUAAUUUAAACAGUAA